GGCUUUUGCGACUGAUGACGCAAUGACGCAGCGCCGUCCCCACCAUACAUUCAGUUCAAGUAUGAAAACAAUAAACAACCCUGAGAAACGGGAGAUAUGCAAGAAGAUCUGUCGUCCAGUUUCGACAGAAAUACAGCUAAAAGAUUAACUGGAACAACCAUAGACGAGUUGAACGUUCUGUAAAACGACGUUGGACUCAUCGGUCCUGACACAAAGGAUUUCCGAGAGACGGCUUUCCCUUAGCCCCUUCUAGCUAGCCAUGUAGCUCGUUCUUCAUUAGUACACUUUGCUUUCUUUGUUAUGCAGUUGCCAGAGGACUGUUUUCGCAUUCGUUUUCCUCCGUCUCUUCGCUCCCUCACCCUGAACUUGCUGGCCCUAUGUCUCGCUGGCUUUUCCCCUGGUCAGGCUCAAUCAAGAAGCGGGCCUGUCGGUACCUCUUACAGCAUUACCUCGGUCACUUCUUGCAAGAACGACUGAGUUUGGAACAGUUAAGUUUGGACCUGUACAAUGGUAGUGGUGUCAUCAAAGAAAUCAACAUUGACGUUUGGGCGGUCAACGAACACUUGGAGUCUCUUGGGGCUCCAUUUGAGAUUGUGGAUGGGUUUGUGAGCAGCAUAGAGGUGACAAUUCCCUGGUCAGAUCUUGUCACCGACCACUGCACCCUCGUCAUCUCAGGCCUUCAGAUAACAUGCAGACCCAAGUACAGGAGCAGUGGGGGGUUGGACUCCCAGGGCUGGUCCACAUGCAUGACCUCCAGCAUGCAGCUGGCCCAGGAGUGUCUAAAGGACCCCCCUGAGGCGUCAGAGGAGCCGCCCGCUCCACUGGAGGGCCUGGAGAUGUUUGCACAAACUAUUGAGACAGUCCUGCGUCGGAUCAAAGUCACCCUCCUGGACACCAUCGUCCGAAUCGAGCACCAGCCCCUGAACAUGGAGACGGGCAUUGCCUUAGAGGUGCACAUCAAACGGCUGGAGUACUGUGACGAGGCAGUGAGGGACCCCAGCCAGACGGUGCCUGUAGACAUCCACCAGCCGCCUGCCUUCCUGCACAAGAUCCUCCAGCUCAGCUCUGUUCAACUGCUGUACGAGACCACCGGAGGGCCCCAGGGUCCUUUUAGAGCGGACACCACUGGCUCAGCCUCAGCCAGCGAGGAGGAGGAGGGUGUUGAGGAGGAGGAGGGUGUUGAGGAGGAGGAGGAGGGUGUUGAGGAGGAGGAGGAGGGUGUUGAGGAGGAGGAGGAAGGUGUUGAGGAGGAGGAGGAAGGUGGUGAGGAGGAGGAAGAUGACCCUCCAGCCGUCCAGCAGCCCCUCCUCAUCGGCAGCUGCUCUGGCUUCAUGGAGACCACGGUUAAGAUCAAACAGAACGACAUGCUGCCUGGACCUAAGUUGGAGCUGGAUGGGAAGGUGGGGUGCCUCCACCUGCUGCUCUCCCCAGACCAGAUCACUCACCUGACCGACCUUCUGUCUGCCCUCUGCAUCGACACAGAGCCUAAGCCCAGUGGUGCUGGGGUUCACAGCCGUCCCCUGGACUCUGAGGACCUGCGUCUGAUAGAGGAGGACUUGAGCAAACAGUUGAGCUCCAGCCCCGGAGAUAGAGAUCCGGACUGGGACGAAGAGCCUGACAUGGAGCCCUACCUCACCGGUCUGGAGAACGGGGAUAUGUUCUUCUCCAUGGGUCCUGGUAUGACUAGCAGUGUGACGUCCGCGCACUCUCUCUCCGACAGCAUGGCGUCGUCUACACACAGCCAGGCUAGCUACGCCCAGGGCCUACCACAGGGUCCCAGGCAUUAUCCUGUACCAGGAUCACUAUCCAGCCUGCCACAUUGUAGCAGAAUACCAGGGCGAAGUAGCCAAUCAGAGCCACUGAAGCCAGAGGUGUUGCUCCGCCUCUCGCUUGGCGGGCUCACCCUAACCCUACUGGAGCAGGACCCGCCCCCCGGGCCGGACGCAGCUUCCUCAUUGGCCCAGGUGUCUCAGGUGUUCUUCCGGGAGCUGGCCUUCUUCAAAGACAGCAUGUUCAGCGAGAGAGACUUCCACCACCUCAGGGCUAGCUUCGCUAAAGCCUGCCCCCACUCACACCUCAGGAUGACUGGAGCAGCGGUACAGGUGGCGUGUGAGAUGCGCAGUGCAGGUCGCCACUCUCGUGCUGUGACCUCUGACCUGUCCUUCAGUAGGCUAGAGCUGCUCGAGUGUCUCUGGGAGCCAGGAAAGCCCCAAUACACUGAGUUGCUCCACUUCCAGCGGGCUGGAAUGUUCACAGUGGGAGCUACAGCCAGACCCUGUGCACAGCUACACUACAGUCUCACAGAGAAACACUUGCGCAAGGGGAGGCAGCGUGUUCUGCGUAGAGACAGUGUAGUGAGGGUAGAGUUGGGAGAGCUGAGUGCUGAGUUGGACCUGGACAUACUGAGUCGACUGGAGUCUCUGAGCAGAGCCUGCAGCCACUGUCCCACACAGACAGGAGGAGGACCCGUCCACACACAGACCCAGAGCAGUGAGCUGCACUCCUCUCUCUCCCUCCUCUCGCCCCACGCCAUCCUCAAGCUCCGCUUCCCCAUCCCGGACCUCCGGCCGUACCCCCUCCGACGCCCGCCUUCCCAGAGGUCCGUGCGGCAAGAGAACCUGGUGCUGGAGCUGUGUGACCUGGAUAUCCGCUCCCAGGAGGGCCCUGACCUACAGCCGGAUCCCCAUGCACCCCCUGGCCCCUCCCAUGGCUCCCUCACACAGCUACUGGAGGCCAGCUUCAGUGACAUGCACGGAACGUAUGAGGGCUGGGAGGGAGGUUCCUUCCCCUGUAUCAGAGUCAAGAAGAGUCAAGACUCCAUGGCCAAGCUGUCAGUGCGUGUGAGGGGAGGAGAGGGUCUGGGGUCAGGGUUGGGGGGGUUAGGGGUGGGUCUGAUGAGGGACCUGGGAUCCAUGUCGUUUGAGAACCCCUGUGAACUCCGAGAGAAGACCAGCUCUCCCUUCUCCUCCAACCGCACCAUGUUCGAGACUGAGGAGAUGGUGAUCCCAGCAGACCCAGAGGAGAUGCAACAGUUCCAGUCUCAGUGUGUGUCUCAGUGUGUAGUAGAUGUCUCUCUGCCCCUGGCCUACAUCUUCCUGCCCAGCAAACAGGCCUUCCAGAGUGUCUACAACAGGAUCAAUAAUGACCUGUUGAUGUGGGAAGCCUCUCCCCCCUCAGACCCUAAGAGUGAUCACAGCCCCCAACACCGUCGCCAAGACAAUGACUAUUUCCAUCUUUGCAAAUCUGCCUUCAAACUAGACUCGGAGGAGGAGGAGGAAGAUGCUCAGUUCUACACAGCCAGUGUAUCAGCCAGAUGCGGGCAGUCGGAGCCCCGCCCUAACCACAACCUCAGCUUGCUCUCCCUCACCGUCAUCAUAGGGAAGGGCCGCCUCCAAGCCAUGACGGACAGCAAGGGAGAGACAGGAAGUCAGGAGGACCGGUGUCACGGGGAGCUCAUGUUGGACCUGGAAGGGGGAAAGAUGUUCAGUGUGGCGCAGCAUCAGAACAACCCCCAUCUCAGCUUCCUGUGCUUGGAGAGCAGGAGGGUGGAGCUUUACCACAAAGCUGUAGUGAAAGACUCCCCCGUCCCCAGGCGGUUAGAAAUGCCCAGCUUCACUCCCCCAGGGCAUCUGGACCCUACCAUUUACCCCACAGAGCUGGGGGUGAGCAGUGUGAGUGGCAGGGAGACUGAGGUCCACAUGUUAUCCACGGCUUUCAAAAUAACCCUGGACCCUCAGAGGAACGUCAAGGAGUUCCUGGUUGCCCUUCGUCUCCAUGGCGCCACUAUGCGACAUCAGAUGGCACAGACCAAUCACAGCUGGCACGAACAGCUGGUUGAUUUUCUGGAUGUCGUUGAUGACCCGAUCCUGGGCUAUACAUCUCCUGCAGUUAUUACCGUCCUACACACACACCUGGCCACCUGUGCCGUGGACUACAGGCCCUUGUAUCUUCCAUUGAGGGUGUUGUUCACAGCAGAAUCCUUCUCUCUGUCGAGUAACAUCAUCGUAGACACGGCCACCUUUCACCUCAGGUUUAUCCUGGAUGACUCUGCACUGUAUCUCUCUGAUAAAUGUGAAAGUGAUGUUGUGGACCUGCGACGAGACUAUGUGUGUGUGCUGGACAUUGAUCUGCUGGAGCUGGCCAUUACCACAUGGAAAGGCAGUGAUAAAGGGAAACUGUCCCAGCCUCUGUUUGAGCUGCGUUGCUCCAACAACGUGGUCCACCUCCACACCUGUGCUGACUCCUGUGCUGCCCUGGUCAACAUGCUGCAGUACCUGGUCUCCCAGGGAGACCUGCACCCGCCCCCCCGACAAACAUCACCCACUGAGAUCGCGGGACAGAAACUGCCGUUGUCAGAAAGUCCCGCCUCCUUGCCACCCUGCCCUCCAGCUGAGACUGCUGAGAUCAACCAGUGCGAUCUCCUUGAUGCUUUGAUUGACACCGAGAGGAGCCAUCCAGAUGAGGAUAUGGACUCGGGUUCUCCCACAGUCCCGCGGGGCUCACCUGUCUCUGUCUACUUGUUCCCCGGGGAGGCUCCCAAGCUCCCCCCACCUGUUGUCAUUGACGGGGAGGAGUCAGAGCUUGACGGACUGGUGGCGACAGCCACUGAGGUGCAGGCAGAUAUGAUGUCAGAGGAGGGCUCUGAGUGUUCAGAGGACAACGAGGACUUCUGCAUCCUAGAGGCUCCUGGGAUGGGUAUACCUCCCAGAGACGGGGAGCCCAUGGUGACGGUGCUAACUGAGGGUCCUAUCAGGGUGAGGGAGGGCCACUUCUCCCGACCGCGGGGCAGCUCUGACCUGCUGCGGGCCCCCAGCCACUUCCCUGUCCCCCAGAGCAGGGUGGUGCUACGAGAGGUGUCUGUUGUCUGGCAUCUGUACGGCGGGAGAGAUUUCGGGGGCAAGGCCAUGUCUACACACACGCAGCAUGGAAACAGGGGUCGCUCUGUCCCCUCUGGGAUGCGUGGGUCCCCGUCCCGCUCCGCUGCUCCGUCACGGCCACAGAAUUCUUGGCGUUGGGCUGGAGGUGGUGGACGACAACACAACCUGCUCAUGGAGAUCCAGCUCACCAAGGUGAGCUUCCAGCACGAGUCGUAUCCGGUGGUGGUGUCUGCGGCUGGGCCGUGUCAGGAGGGAGGGGUGCCUGGGGUGGGGGUUGGCGCAGUGGGCGAGCAGCCUCUGUCCCGCCAGGUGUUCAUCGUUCAGGAGCUGGAGAUACGCGACCGCCUGGCCUCGUCCCAGCUCAACAAGUUCCUCUACCUGUACACAAGCGAGAGCAUGCCCCGCAGAGCACACUCCAACAUGUUAACAGUGAAGGCCCUGCAGGUGUGUCCAGACUCAGGUGUAGGUGGUCCAGAGUGUUGUUUAAGAAUCAGCCUCCUCCCCCUCCGACUCAACAUCGACCAGGAUGCCUUGUUUUUCCUGAAGGAUUUCUUCAGUAGUCUGGCUGCUGGAGUUAACCCCUACCUGCCUAUGGAUCCUGCAGCUGAAGUGAAGACAGACCCUUCUCAGAAGCCCACUGAAGAUGGGGUCAUUGGCACAGAGACCACUUCUGGUCUGGGUCCUGACCUCACUGCUUCUGUAGAAACCACCUAUAGUGAGCAGAGCUCCUCGUCCUCUGGCUCCACCUCUUCCACUGAUCAGCCAAUCUACUUCCGGGAGUUCCGUUUCACCUCUGAAGUCCCCAUCUGGCUGGACUACCAGGGCAAGCAUGUGGUCAUUGAGCAGGGAACGUUUGCAGGGAUUCUUAUUGGUUUGGCCCAGCUGAAUUGCUCUGAACUGAAGCUGAAGAGACUUUGCUGCCGACACGGACUUCUAGGUGUAGAUAAGGUGAUUCAGUACGCUGUCACUGAGUGGCUGACAGACAUCCGAAAGAACCAGCUGCCGGGCAUUCUGGGAGGUGUAGGUCCCAUGCACUCUGUAGUUCAGCUGUUCCAUGGAGUCAGGGACUUGUUCUGGAUGCCCAUAGAGCAGUACAGGCGGGACGGCCGCAUUAUCCGGGGUCUCCAGCGGGGGGCAGCGUCCUUCGGUACCUCCACUGCCUCUGCUGCUCUGGAGCUCAGCAACAGACUGGUGCAGGCCAUACAGGCCACAGCGGAGACGGUGUAUGACAUCCUGUCCCCAACGCCCCCCCUGAACCGUUACAUCACAGAGGGCCGACCGCCCUCCAACCAGCCCCGCCGCGCCCACCAGCCUGCCGACCUCAGAGAGGGUGUGGCUAAGGCCUAUGACACUGUCAGAGAGGGUAUGAUGGACACAGCUCAAACGCUAUGUGACGUGGCGUCUCGCGGGCAUGAGCAGAAAGGUCUGCCUGGUGCUGUGGGCGGAGUCCUGCGGCAGAUCCCGCCCACCGUCGUCCGUCCCUUAAUAGUGGCGUCCGAGGCAACGUCCAACCUACUGGGGGGCAUGCGGAACCAGAUCAAGCCAGAUGCACGGAAGGAGGACUUCUUAAAAUGGCGCUCCGACGAAGGCCAAGAGUGAUGAUUCUGGUGGUGGCUGGGUUAAAGGUUAAGAAUAUGGUGGUGGCUGGGUUAAAGGUUAAGAAUAUGGUGGUGGCUGGGUUAAAGGUUAAGAAUAUGGUGGUGAAGUUAUGUGGCUGAACCGAUGAAGGGAGUGAAUGUGUGAGUGAGUUUUUAAUGCAAAAAAACCUAACUACUGCGGAGUGAUUGACACCCAGUAUUCGAUGUGGCUCCAGAUGGAUCGAGAUACAUUUUUUGUUUUCUUUCUUCAACGCAAUCAAAUAGAGUUCAGUUCACUCUUCUUGCAGCAGUAUGUACAUGAUGCAGAUACUCUACCUUUUAUUAGUACGUAAACAUAUCACUGUCAUUCUGGGUUGACUUCUUGUUUAGCUGUCAACACUGACAAAGGGCAUACAGGGGUCUAGUCUAGUAUAAGGCCUGUAGUAGGUGGGAUUAAAUGUGUUAAUCAGUAGCUCUCCCAGUCUUCUGUUGAUCAGACUAUGGGCCGGUUUCCCAGAUUGAGAUUAAACCUAUUCCUUGACUGAAAAGCACCUUGAAUGGCGAUCCUUAAUUGAGCAUGCAUUUUAGGAGUAGGCUUAAUCUGAGUCCGGGAACUCAUUCUAUUGGAGGGUAACAUCCUCUAUUCCUUUGAGAUAUGGAUGGAGGAGACUGAAGAAACUAUUAUAGUGGCCUUUGCUGAGAUCCUUACCAAGGUUAGGAAUGUCAUAGUUCCUCAACUCAAAAUGCAACUCUGUGAUUGUUCUAUCCUAGCCUGUACACAUCCCCACCCCAGUGUUUGUGCCAUAAGCUUUUUCAAUGCUGAGUUCCCUGGCCUCUCCCCCUUUUGGUUUUAAAUCAAUGUCUACUUUUGUUGCCUUCCUGAAACCUAUACUUAUCUCUCUGUAUGCUUACUUGUUCAUAUUUGACCAAUGGACACAAUGGCCUGGUUGUAUUAACUAGAUGCAGUCAUGGGAGAAUAUGGAUGAUGAACUGAACAAACUAGGGAUAUGUCCUUUCCUCUCUAUGUCAAAUGGCUUUCCUUGCUUUUAAUGCUUGCCAGCGUUUGGUCAUCCAAUUUGUACUUACUGUUUUGUUUCUGUCAGAGCAAGAUGUCCCCCUCAGGGCCUUGAACCUUAUCACAAGUCUGGUUCCUUCCUCUCAACAGAAAAUUAUCUUGUUCGUCUCGUUAGUUGCCUUCCUGCAUUUUUUUUGUAUUUUUCUAAUUAUGUUAAAACACUAGUAUUAAUUAGCAUAUUCAUUUUCAAAAUAACAGUGUUGGUGGGAUGUCUGAAGGGUUAAGACAUGGGGGGAAAAGGGGGGUUUGUGGUCAAUCGUUUUACAUUUUUAUCUUUUGUUCAAUACUUUUAAGGGAUAUAUGUUUAGGUAUGUCUGUGGAUAAAAUGGCGUGUGUGUGGGUGGGUUAGUGGUUUCUUGUGAGGGUGACCCUUUGGUUAUAUUGGUCACACCUCUGUGUUAGCGGGCAGAUCCAACCCGCUUGCUUACAGCUGCACUAGGGCCUGACAGCAUACCUUUGUAUAUUAAGACAUCGUGGAGCGGGGGGCAAGACAUGGCUAGGAAAACAUCCCUCACUCCAGGGAUGAGAAAUGUUUUGGUACUACAAAUUGUCCCAUUAUCCUAAGAAGUCGUACAAUCUUCUUGGUGUAACAAUAGGGAUAAUGGGACAAUUUGGAGUAGAACUCAUUUCUCAUCUCUGCAUUGAGGUACGUAUUCCGAGCCAUAUCUCCCGCCGGCACCGCGUUGUCCUAAUUUACAGAGGAAUGCUGUCCGACCCUAGUGCAGCUGUAAACAAGCGGAUUGGACCUGCCUGCUAACCUCUUGUGUAUUUACUAUAUCAUAUCUGUAAGAAUGACUUGUAUAAUAUCAAGACAAUGAGUACACAUAUUAAUACAAAAAAUAAAACAUGAAUAUAAAAAACUUAA